ACAAUUACAUGUCUACGUAUCUAAAGACCGAUGACCUUUGCGUCGACCGUGAUGAAAAUUAUUAGCUGCUGUGUACCGAAACGCACAAAACCGAGAAAUUGUUUAUGUUUUAUCGUCAGUCGCGAUACAGAAAGAUUCGCGGAGGUCGUACCACGCUGGCUCACCUCAUCACUUCAUUAGUAUGAAUGCCGCCACGGUUGUAUUUAAUCUUAAUUUUGCCAAUCUGUAAGUCGCUGUUAGUGCGCAACCUGGUAAUACAUUCAGAACCCAGUCAUGCAACUUCCUAAGCCAAUUAAAACAGCCAUUUAUGAAUGGUGUAACUCCAUCAACCGAGGAAUACAGAGGACAGAACAAUGCCUCGGUCAAGCUUCAGCCACGGAGAUAACAUUUGAGCUGCAGCGCAUACUGAACGAACUCGACGCUGUUAACCAGAGAAAUGCUAAGAUCGUAGAUGCCAUGGAGAAAAUGUUAAGGAAAGGUCCCGGAAUUACCGCAAACGAGUACAUCUAUCAAACCCGGGAAAAGAAAAAUACUACCCGAACUAAUCCAUUACUGCAGUUGGGUAACGAAAUGGUUUACGCUGGUCGGCAGUUUGGAGAAACCACCACGUACGGUAAAUGUUUGCUAAUGAUCGGGAGGUGUGAGGAGGAAAUGGGACAAGAAGAAUUACGGUUUGUAUCUCAGGUGGCAUUAGUAUACCUUACUCCCUUGAAGCGCUUUAUGGACACUGAUUUGAAGCACGCCCUCAAAGAAAGGCGAACUUUACAUAAUGCGCGACUCGACCUCGACGCUUCAAGACGCAGACUCAAGAAAGCUCGAUUACCUGAGAGACAAGCCGAGUUAGAAGCGGCUGUACGCACCAAUCAGGCUCAGUAUGACCGUCAAGUUGAAUUAACAAAGCUCUCUUGUGAAGCCGUACAAAAAGAAAAAAUAAGCCAUAUCCGCUGUCUUCUAAAAUUCGUCGACACACAACUGGAUUUUUUCACAAAGACUGUGGGGCUGUUGACCAGCUUGAAAGAAGAACUCAUUAAGACACUUAAAGGGGAAAAAGAGUUCCAGCUGGAUCCCGAAUGGCCCACUCUGAGCUUCGAAAGUAACCUAAUGGAAGCAAGGCCGCCUACUCCGAAACGGGAGCCGAUCCCCCCGCCUUCGCCUAUAAUACCUCUAACUCCAGAUUUGCAAUCAACCAAUCCGUCAGUGGACCAGACGACCCCGACCCCCGCUCCGUCAGAAAUCCCUGCCCUUCAAGCUCGCGUCUUGCUCCCUUUUGUUGGCAAAACGGCCAGUGAAGUCAGCGUGGUCAAGGAUGAAAUUGUGGAGGUGGUAGAAGGGACGGGACAUUCCCGCAGGGACGACGGAUGGUCGCUGGUGAAAAAGACCACGGGUCAGAUCGGCUACGUACCCAAGGUUAAUGUGGAGAUUAUUGGUGCUACGGGAGAUAGUAAACCCAUUAUGCCGUACAGUGGGCCUGGGAAUCGUCUGGGGUCUGAUGGUGGAAAGCGUGCAUCUCCAAUUCCACCUCCAAUUAUGGAUGGUGGAGAUGAUGCCUCGGUGAACAGAGAGUCUCUCAGGAAAUCGAAACCUUCUCCUUCCGCUAUGUAACGAGCCAUACCAGAGGCGAUCUGAACCAUAGUUUGUCAAGUUUGCGGAAAUCUUCCAGUAGACCGGUUGAAAUAUUCAGAAGUUAUUAGUUAUGCCGAUCGGUAGUAGACUGUUACCGAAUUUAGUGAGGCUAAGGGAGAGUGGUGGGUUUGCACGUUAUUCCACAAGUUUCAGUUUAUCUAAUUUUUAUCUUGUUGGUUAUUGUUCGUUCGCUGUGAGGAUAGCCACGUUUGCCUGACUCUUGUGGUUGCUUUAUUUUAGUUGUUUGAAUCCAUAAAUUGAUAGUUUAUACAAAGCCGCACAAGAAGCAAUAUUAUCUCUCUUGAUCAUCAUGCUUAACAGCACUUGCAAAAAUUAAUUCCUUGGCUAAACCAAAUUCUGGUACAGACCAAAAAGGUUGA